AUGUGCGGGAUCUUGGCCGCGUACGGCCUCACCGGCGACCCGGAGAAGAACCGCCGGCUCAUUUUGAGGCUCAGCAAGCUCCUGCGGCACCGGGGGCCGGACGGCAAUGCCGUCUACGUGAACGCCGAGCACGGCGUCUACCUGGCGCACGAGCGCCUGAACAUUGUCGACGUGACGGACCAUGGCAGGCAGCCUUUCACCAUGCAGACGCCGGAGGGCGAGCUCGCGUGGCUGUGCAACGGCGAGACCUACAACCAGUGGAACCUGCGCGAGACGGUCCUCAAGGACUGCAAGUUCCUCGAAACCACCACCUCGGACUCCGCCGUGGUCGGCCCGCUGUACCUCCUGGACAAGAACUUCGCGGACGUGUCGAACCACAUGGACGGCCUGUUUGCGACGGCGCUCUUCGACGCGCGCUCGAAGGAGUUCUUCGCCUCGCGCGACGAGAUGGGCAAGGCCUCGAUGUACUGGGGCCGCGGCGCCGACGGCUCCGUCUGGGUCUCCUCGGAGAUGAAGGCCCUCCAGGACGUGUGCACGGAGUACCACAUCUUCCCCCCGGGGCACCACAUGCACGUGCCGCCGGGCGCCAAGGACCCGGUGUUCCAGCGCUGGUUCACCCCGCGCUGGAUCACCGACCCCGAGUACAUCCCCACGCAGAAGGCGGACACGAAGGUGAUCCACGACAUCCUCGUGAAGGCCGUCGUGAAGCGGCUGAUGACGGACGUGCCGUUUGGCAUCCUGCUCUCCGGCGGGCUGGACUCGUCGCUCGUCGCGGCGAUCGCCGUGAAGCACCUCAAGGAGGCCGAGCACACGUACGCGAUGAAGAAGCUCAAGACGUUCUCGAUCGGGCUCCCGGGCGCGCCGGACCUCGAGGCGGCGCGCAAGGUCGCCGACCAGCUCGGGACGGACCACUACGAGUUCACGUUCUCCGUCGAGGACGGCAUCGACGCGCUGCGGGACCUCAUCUGGAUGAUCGAGUCGUUCGAGCAGGUCCGCGCGGCGGUGCCGAUGUACCUGCUCAGCCGCAAGAUCAAGGCCAUGGGGACGAAGAUGGUGCUGUCGGGCGAGGGCGCGGACGAGAUCUUCGGCGGGUACCUCUACUUCCACAAGGCGCCGAGCGCGGAGGAGUUCCACAAGGAGACGGUCCGCAAGACGUCGCGGCUGCACCAGUGGGACGUGCUGCGCGCCAACAAGAGCACCUUCGCGUGGGGGCUCGAGGCGCGCGUGCCGUUCCUGGACCGCGACUUCCUGAACUACUGCAUGGACGUCGACGCCGCGGACAAGAUGAUCGACAUGUCGGACAAGCCCGACGGCGUACACCCGCGCAUGGAGAAGUACCUCCUACGCAAGGCGUUCGACACCCCGGACGACCCGUACCUCCCCGCGGAGGUCCUCUGGCGGCAGAAGGAGCAGUUCAGCGACGGCGUGGGCUACAACUGGGUCGACGGGCUCAAGGAGUACUGCCACAAGGUGGUCACCGACGACAUGUGGGCCAAGCGGGCUGAGCGGUUCCCGGAGCACACCCCGCGGACGCGGGAGUACUACCACCUGCGCGACCUGUUCGAGCAGCAGUUCCCGGGCGCGCACGCGCUGGAGACCAUCCCCAAGGGGCUGAGCGUGGCGUGUUCGACGCCCGAGGCGGUCUCCUGGGAUCCGGAGUGGGAGAACCUGCACGAGAUCUCGGGGCGCGCGGUCAAGGUGCACGACUCGUCGCACGGGUUCAAGUCGAUGGACGCGAUCAACGGGGCCCCCAAGGUGUCGCCCGCCGCGCUGGCGUGA